UACGUCAUUCUUGCACAGGCGCAGUACGACCUACACUAGUAACGCAGAGGCCGAGGUAUACUUAGCAUUAGCUACUUGGAGAAUAAACAAGGUUGUUUUAAUCGAAUCAGAUCAGUUAGCCCUUACUCUGUAUAUUUGAUAUAUAAAGACGACGCCCCAUCUGCUGGCGUCCGAUUUCUGUUUUUUUAGGCUGGUGGUGUUUUUGUACAUAAUAUGGCAACGGCAGACGAUGCCCGCUACUACAACGAGCAUGAUGAUAGGGUUGGGGGGCCCCAAUUUCGCAGCCGAAGAGGGCGGGGACCUUUCAGGGGCCGAAUGUACAGCGACCAGUCGGCGCGGUCGCGGCAUCGUGGGGGUCCAGGAGGCGGAGCUCCAGGUCCCAGGGCCCGUUUUGAAAAUGACGAUGAAGAUGGAGAUGUAGCGAUGAAUGACGGCAACUCACAAGAUGGAAGUUCACAGCGCCGAUUCAACCCGUAUGGGCGGCAAAACCGCAGAGGUGACGGGCGGUUUGACCGGGACAGAAGAGGUGGAGGAGGGGGCCACAGAGGAGGAGGAGGAGGAGGAGGAGGAGGUGGAGGUGGUGGUGGUGGAGGAGCGGGCCGCAGAACCUGGUUCAAGAUGACCAUUCCCCACGGGAAGAAAUAUGACAAGAAAUGGCUGCUCACUGCUCUGCAAAACCUUUGCUCUGUGCCUUUCAAUCCUAUACAGUAUCACAUUGAGGGAAACAGGGCGCAGUUUUUCAUUAAUGACGCCUCCACAGCCAACGCUCUGACCAAGGUGUCGCGCAAGAUCACAGACACUGAAGGCUACAAGGUGACUGUCCUGAUGAACCCCUGCGUCCCUCCCUCCUCCGUCCAGACAGACCUGAAGCCAGAGGACCUGGAACAUCUUAAGCAAUGCAUGUCCAAACGAUUUGAUGGCUCACAGCAAGCGCUCGACCUGAACUGCAUUCGAACAGACCCAGACCUGGUCUCCCAGAACAUCGAGGUGAUUCUGAACAGGAAGAGCUGUAUGCAGGCUGUCCUCAAAAUCAUUGAGGAGAAUAUCCCGGGGCUGACUUGUCUAAACCUGAGCAACAACCGCCUUUAUAAGCUAGAGGAUUUGGCAGAGCUGGCCACUAAGGUGCCAAACCUGAAGACACUCAAUCUCUCCAACAACGAGCUGAAGGCUGAGCGGGAGCUGGACAAAGUGAAGGGCCUGAAGCUAGUGGAGCUGUGGCUGGACAGGAACCCACUGUGCGAUCACUUCAAGGACCAGGCCACCUACAUCAGCGCUGUCAGAGAACGGUUCCCACGGUUACUCAAACUGGAUGGCCAUGACCUCCCUCCCCCCAUAGGAUUCGAUGUGGAAGCGCCCACAACCCUGCCCCCCUGCAAGGGAAGUUACUUCGUUUCAGAUGAAAUCAAGAGCCUCAUACUGCGGUUCCUACAACAAUACUACAGCGUUUAUGACUCGGGCGACAGGCAGCCUCUGCUAGACGCCUACCAUGACGGAGCUUCCUUCUCCCUCAGCAUACCGUUCUCUGGGCAGAACCCCUCCAGGUGCAGUCUAGGGGAUUAUCACAAGGACAGCCGUAACAUCAAGAAGCUCAAAGAUCCCACCACGCGAUUCCGCCUGUUGAAGCACACACGGUUGAACGUGGUGGCCUUCUUAAAUGAGCUGCCCAAGACCCAGCACGACAUUGCUUCCUUCAACAUCGAUGUCAACACAUUCACUAAUACGUUACUGUCAUUCACCGUCAGUGGAGUGUUCAAAGAAGUGGACGGUAAAUCCAGAGACUCGGUCCGAGCGUUUUCUCGGGUCUUUGUGUCAGUGCCAGCAGGGAAUACUGGUCUGUGCAUAGUGAACGACGAGCUGUUCGUGCGGAACGCCACCACGGAGGAGAUUCGGCGAGCCUUCGCGGCCCCCGCCCCGACGCCCUCCAGCAGCCCCGUGCCCACGCUGUCUGCAUCCCAGCAGGAAAUGCUGUCCGCCUUCUCCCAGAAGUCCGGAAUGAACCUGGAGUGGUCGCAAAAGUGUCUUCAGGACAAUGAGUGGGAUUUCAACAGAGCUGGUCAAAUCUUCACACAGCUAAAGGCCGUCGGAAAGAUCCCUGAUGUCGCCUUCUUGAAGUGAAGAUCAAAGUUGAGAAUGUUGUAAAUUAGUGACCAUACAUUUGCUGUGAAUAAAUAAAAUCAAAACAAUUUGUUUUUAUAUGGAUUUUUCCCCCCUUGUUUUUAUUGUUUUUUUGUUUUUUUUGUCAAGAUCAUAAGCAACGGAAGAUUCACUACAAGAAUAGAACUUUCUUUGUCCUUAAAGUACUUAAAGUAUUGCAAUUUUGAAUUUAAGACUUCUUGUCUUGUUGAAUCUUGCUCUUUUGAUUGUAGCUUUAAUUUUGUACUGUGUUGUUUUUCGCACUAAUAAAUUGUGACAAGCUGUUGUAAUUCAGCAUCUAUAUUUCA